UUUGAAUCCAGAUCCCAAAGCCCAGUACACAAGCAUCUACGGAGCCCUCAAGAAAAUCAUGCGGACUGAAGGCUUCUGGCGGCCCUUGCGGGGCCUCAACGUGAUGGUGACGGGCGCGGGGCCUGCCCAUGCCAUGUACUUUGCCUGCUAUGAGAACAUGAAAAGGACUUUAAAUGCUGUUUUCCACCACCAAGGAAACAGCCACCUAGCCAACGGUAUUUUGAAAGCGUUUGUCUGGAGUGAGACAGCUCUCUCCUUCAACAGACCCUUCCCCAGGGCUCUCCUCCCCGUGACCCAGCAGCCUGACGCCUCAUCUCCGCCACGCUUGCUUACGAAUAAAGAACUCUAUAGAGUCGUGUGUGCACACACCCAAACACAUGCGUGCACACACACAUGCUUUUCCUGUUCCCCUCCUUCGCUUUCUAUAAAGCCUGGGGACAAUCCGUGACAGAGGUGUUUUGGUUUCCAUUGUUCUGUGGGUUUUUCAUUUUUUUUCUUUCUUUUUUUUUUUUAAACAUUCAAAAGCAAUUAAUGAUCAGAUCUAGGAAAAAACCCUGAAUAGAAACAAAACUUUUGAAUGCUGGAUUCCAAAAAAAAAAAAAAAAAAAGUUAUCUGGACAGCUUCUUUGAGACUAUUUAAAAACUGGUUCAACAGGUCUCUACAACGUCAAGAUCUAACUAAGCUUUAAAAGGUCAAGAAGUUUUAUGGCUGACAAAGGAUUUGCUCCAGCGCAGACGACCUUUCCCACCUUAAGCUUCUGGGGGUUUGGGAAUUUCUCCCCCAUUCUCUUCCGUUUGUCUGAGUUGCAUCUCUCUGCGAGCAAGGGCUGAAUUUUCUUUUGUCGUUUUGAGGGAGAGGGUUGGGGUGGGGACGCGAGCUGGCGGUCCGCUCUUACAAAGGCAUGUUUCACUGGGCCCUGCUGAGCGGUUAUUUUUGCCUGUCCUGUGGGUUUUGCUUUCGUUGGUUUUGUUUGGGUGUGGAGUGGGACUAUGGCUAGCAGCAUAAGGUGUACUUAUUUUAACAUAAUUAAUGUUUCAACAGUGGAGAGGUAGAUGUGAUCAGCGACAGCUUUUGUUCCUUCUCGUUCUGUUCUACUCAGAGGAAGCCAAAAAGCAUCCCUUCCAUCAGCAAACCUGGGAUAGCUGGGAGUAUGGCCACCCUGCUCCACGAUGCAGUAAUGAAUCCAGCAGAAGUCGUGAAGCAGCGCAUGCAGAUGUACAACUCGCCGCACCGGUCGGCCCUCAGCUGCAUCUGGACGGUUUGGAGGACGGAGGGCUUGGGGGCCUUCUACCGGAGUUACACCACGCAGCUGACCAUGAACAUUCCCUUCCAGUCCAUCCACUUCAUCACCUACGAGUUCCUGCAGGAGCAGGUCAACCCUCACCGGGGCUACAACCCACAGUCACACAUCAUCUCAGGCGGGCUGGCGGGGGCCCUCGCCGCAGCCGCCACCACCCCGCUGGAUGUGUGCAAGACCCUCCUCAACACCCAGGAGAACAUGGCCCUCAACCUGGCCAACAUCAGCGGCCGGCUGUCGGGCAUGGCCAACGCUUUCCGGACCGUGUACCAGCUCAACGGCCUGCCUGGCUACUUCAAGGGCAUGCAGGCCCGCGUCAUCUACCAGAUGCCCUCCACUGCCAUUUCCUGGUCUGUCUAUGAGUUUUUCAAAUACUUCCUCACCAAACACAAGCUGGAGAGUCGAACUCCAUACUGAAGGAUUGGGCAGUGGGAAGGGAUUCCAGAAUCUUUUAUUUUUAAAAGGCUCUCUCUGCCUGCUUCCAUUCCCCUGCCCUCACACCAAGGUGAUGUUUGCGGCGGGGGGUUUCAGGGGGCCUUCCGCUCCCUGGCGCCUUAGAGAGAGGGGAGGGUGGGCCAGCCGCCUACCAGAAGGCCAAGCGUCUGCAGGGACAUCUGAGGUGGUGGUAGAUGGGGCAAGACUUUGGAGGGGGAGUGAGAAAGUGCUCUUUCUGUCCCUCCCCUGAGAGGAACGUAGCUUUUCUGCUUCACUGCAGUCUCCUCCUCUAGAAUUGUAGACCACACAGGAGGUAAGAAGUGCACAGUGACUGAAAACAUGAAAGGAAAAACUAAUUAUGUGUGUGAAAGUUCCAGGACAGUAUAAAAUAGUCGGAUAAUGUUUAUCCUUUAUUUUUCUACAUAGAGGUCUGAAUUUGUGUGUGUGUGUGUACAAGUACAUGUGACAGCUGGGAAUAUAAAGCUGUUGUUUAAAAAAAAAAAUAGAAGGCUGAACUCUUCCAUCGGGGUUGAGCAGAAAAGGCACCACCGUAAUGAAUUGCCGAAGGUGGCCUCAUGUUGGCUAGAGCCCCCAGAUGAAAGUUUCACUUAAAUGUAAAAUAAUAAAGCUUAUAUUUUGAAUUUCUCUUUUCAUGGGGGAUAAAAAGGGUACGUUGAAAAAAAUCAAAAUAAUGAUAUGUGACUUCCAGCAACUUUUUUUUCUUUUGUCUGAUCAGUCACUUUCCUGUGCCUUUUCCCUCUGUCUUUUCUAAAAAUUCCAGGACCAAAGAUCUGGCCCUGGGGCAUUUUCUCUCGCUGCAUGCAUGCCUGGUGGCAGGAUUGCUCACACUGUGGGACUGUGGCCCCCAGUAGGAUUGAUUAGAUGGCUGGUCUUGGAUCUGCUGAGACCAUUUCCUUCCCCCCGUGGGUGAUGUGAAUGUGUGCCUCCUGGGGCCAGCACAGAGGAGCCCUUGAAAUGUCACUGGCUGCUUGUUGGGUAGGCAGUUGGGGUACAUCCCACCUUUAUCCCAGGACUUAUUUCUCCAUCAACCUUUUAACUCAGGCACUUCAGAUAUUCUUGUCUGUGUGUGUUUUGACUAAAUCUGCACUUCCCUGUGCCGUUGUAGGGACUUUAAAGAACAUAGCAAGUAUGUCUGUGGCAUCUGCCCUAUCACCAGUUCCCUCUCACCGCACAGUGACAGGAUCCAGGCCCUCCAGUCAAGCCCCGCUGCUCAAGUGAGCCCCGACCCUCAGGCACCGGUCAGGCUGCCCCUGGAGCUGCCCUCCGCCUUGCACGGUCUGCAUGGGAAUGCGAGGCUAGCCUGCGUUUUCUGGCAUGGUGCAUCUGGGCCGCAUUAUCACCAGGAGAAAAUGCAAGCUUGUUUCCGCAGGCCACGCCCUUUGAUUGGCUGCCAGAUCUCUCCAAGGGGAGACCGAAUGGCUUCACCGUUUCCUUUUAGAGUCCUCCUUUAAAAAUGAGCAGGAAGCAUGGGUGUGUGUGUGUGUGUGUGUGUGUGUGUGUGUGUGUGUGUGUGCGCGCGCGCGCGCGCGCGUGUGUGUGCGCACUUUGGCAGCCUGGUUGUGCCCUUUGCCCUUCGCCCUUUGCCUCAGGCACGGUCAAUGUGCAUCUGGCUGAGGCUCAGACCAGGCCCCUUCAGAGGCUGUUACUUCCUGGGAAGAGAUCAGGUGGCACUGGAACAGUUUUUAUCUUGGGACCUUGCACAGUGCCUUGGGAGCAGUGCUCAGGUCAGGGACAGGAGAGGCCCACAUGGGGUGGUUACCACAUGUGCCCCUGAGCGGGACCUUGCUCCUGGGCUGGGGGCCUGAGCUGCCGACCCGUCCCACUUUGGAGUUCACCGCCCCACGCCCGGCACCCACUCCCUGUCUGCCUGGAAACCACCCCGGCCAGCUUCUCUCCCAGGCAUGCCAAAAGGCCUUGGAGACCGUGCUGCCGGCUCUCUAAACACACCCUGCAUCUCUGUUCAAUCCUGUAAAUGAAAGAAAACUAGACCAAAUUCUAGAAUAAUCAAUCUCCCUUUUGCAUCCACCCACCAUAUGCCACACUGCAGCAAAAUACUCCCUAUUUCUUACAGGAUUCUGUUUUCGAUUUAUUCAGAGAAAGUGUUUACUUCUCUGGAAAACUUUGGGUAGCAAAUGCAAGGAAGAGAGGUCGGAAGUGGGGGCCAGAGCUCCGUGGGCUCCGUUGGAAGGCAGGUCUGCUCUUGCCUGGCCUCGUGCAGUGCACUGGGCGGGCGGGAAGUGGUGCCGCCUGUCCUGCCUUUCACGCUGGGUCUUCCGGCAGCCCGCUGAGCCUUGUACCUGAGAAAGCUUGAAAGUAGCAAAGCACUAAGACCGCAGUGGCGGUUCAUUUGGUGGAAAUUGCUUUCCCUGCCUCGCCUUGAGCUCCAGAGGUGGGUUGGUGCCCCGUGCAGGCUGUUGGGCGUGGAGGAGUAGCUAGAUAGGGAGAUGUUCUCUCCACCCCCACCUCCAUGGUGACCAGCGUCAUGUAACUGUGGCACAACUCGGUCCUUCAUGGCUUAGGAGUAACAUCUGUAGCCAGGCGCUGCCGCUCGAGUACAAUACUCAGUAAUGUGUGUGCACACACACAUGUGAAACUGCUGCCAAGACCAUACCAUGACUUGAGAUUGAACCACUCGUACAUCAGUUUUAUAUCUAUUUUAGAGUAAAAAAUUGACCUUUUUUUUUUUUGCAAAUGGGAUAAAUCUUUAAUCCAUGACUAUUUGUUCUUAACUUUUGAUUGAAUCUAGCUGUUUACUGGUCUACAUCCUUUUGUGUGUGUGGGUUUUAUUUUUGACAGUGUCUUAUUCCAGCUCUGUCCUCCAAAGUCUUCUGAAGGCUGCAUCUCCACCGUGUUGUUUUGCCAAUAAGGUUUUGUUUAACUUUAUUUAAGAAUGACUGUGCUUGUUAAAUGCGAAUGUACUGUAGCUUCCUACCUGCCAGACGCACAAUGUAUAAGGGUGAGCAAGUGUUGUUUCUUAAAUACCUGUAGUAAAUACCAUUGUUUUUGCCUCUAAUUGUUGCUGGUUCUUUGAAGAAGGAAAGGAGUGUUUAUAUUUCUGAUAUGCUGCUACCGUUGUGACACUGGAGCUAGAGAAAAUAAAGCUUUGAUCUUUGAA